GCAGUAAUGGUUAAUUGGGAGCCAAGUUUGCAUGCUUUUCUUGCCCUAAAAUCACUUCUUAAACACUCACUUCCCCCCCUUGAAAAAAAUGUACUAAAACCCUCAUCUUCCGAUUGCAUCACUAUUACAUAAUAACUUUUACUCUCUCUCUCUCUCUCUCUCUCUAAAAGAUGGGAAAACCUCCUUGCUGUGAUAAAUCCAAUGUCAAAAGAGGCCUUUGGACUGCAGAAGAAGAUGCCAAAAUCCUUGCCUAUGUUUCCAACCAUGGAGUUGGAAAUUGGACUCUGGUUCCUAAAAAAGCAGGGCUGAAUAGAUGUGGGAAGAGUUGCAGGCUGAGAUGGACUAAUUACCUUAGGCCUGAUCUCAGGCAUGACAGCUUCACUCCUCAAGAAGAAGACCUCAUUAUCAAACUCCAUCAAGCCAUUGGAAGCAGGUGGUCUCUGAUAGCAAAGCAACUCCCAGGAAGAACAGACAAUGAUGUGAAGAAUUACUGGAACACAAAGCUGAGGAAGAAGCUCUCGAAAUUGGGGAUUGACCCAAUAACCCACAAGCCAUUCUCUCAGAUCCUGUUCGACUAUGGAACCAUAAGCAGCAGCAGCAGCAGCAGCACACCGAAACCCCCAAUUCCGGCCUUCAACACAACAAUGGCGAAACCCCAUCAGCCAUUUUCAGGGAUCUYUCAAACGCCAAUAAGACCACAGUUCUUCAAUGAACCACCCACCUCCUCUUCCUCUUCCUCAUCCACUUCAUCUUCUUCCUUGUCGCAGAGCUCAGAUGGGUUCGUUUUGGGGCAGCGAUCUGAAGGGUCGUCUUCUAAUUCUUCGUCGUCUUUCAAUUCGUUUGUGGAUGCUCUGUUGGAGCAGGAUUUCCAGAUUAAGGGCUCGUUUCCAGAGAUUUUGGAGGCCUGUUUUGAUUACUGAGGAGGAGUUGGGGCUUUUGUUUGUUUUGGGCUUUGUUUUUUCUGAUGGGUUUUYGAAUAAUUUGCAGGCGCAAACGCAAGAUCUGAAAUUAAUAAGUGCUUCAAUUUGGGCUGUUUCGUUUUCAUUUCUAGUUUUGUUUGGAAUUGGAGGAAUGUUAUUUCGUUUC